UUAGAAUGGCUCCGCCACAUAGCCAGAGAGGCUGCGUCGUACCACGGCGCAUUUAUUCCAGUGGGUAGUACUUCGGCAUUAUAAAACAGGCGUGCCUUCAGAGGGGGCCGUGGUUCAAACGCUGACUUUUAUACAGUUGGUCUAAGUCUCGGGUAGUGGAUUAUGUGGAGUUGUGUACGCCAAGUCAACAACUUUAUCCGACUUUGAAUGCUUCCAGAACACCCUCUUGUUUAUCUGAACUUUGUGGGAAGAUGGAUAUCAAAGAGGAAUCGAGCAGUAGUUCUGUCCUUACCUGGGAGCAGGUGAGCAGGCUGAAUGAAGUUCUGACUGAUGUUGUGCCUGUUCACGGACGAGGAAACUUCCCAACUUUAGAGGUGCAGCUUAAUGACAUUGUGGCACGAGUGCGCUCUCGCCUGGAACUGAGUGGCAUCAAAGUGAAAGACAUCCGGCUCAAUGGUUCCACAGCCAGUCAUGUGCUGGUGCAAGACAUCGGCUGGAGCUAUAAGGAUCUGGACGUCAUCUUCAGGGUGGACCUGCCACAUGAGUCAGAGUUCAAGCUCAUUAAGGAUGUGGUGCUGGGUAUACUGCUGGACUUUUUGCCUGAGCGUGUAAACAAAGAGAAACUCACGCCCAUGACUCUCAAAGAGGCUUAUGUCCAAAAGCUGGUCAAGGUAAACACCGAGCAGGACCGUUGGAGUCUAAUCUCCCUCUCCAACAAUAGUGGCCGCAACGUGGAGCUGAAGUUUGUGGACUCGAUACGGCGGCAGUUCGAGUUCAGUGUGGACUCCUUUCAGAUUGUGCUGGACUCCAUGCUUUCCCACUAUGAGCAGACGCAGACGCCCAUGUCUCAGGCUUCUCAUCCUACUGUCAUCGGGGAGAGCGUGUACGGGGAUUUCAACACUGCACUGAGCCACCUGCGCAACAAGCAAAUCGCCACCAAGCGACCCGAGGAGAUCCGCGGUGGGGGCCUGCUGAAAUACUGCAACCUGCUGGUGCGGGACUUCCGUCCUGCCAGUCAGGAGGAAUUCAAGGCCCUCGAGCGAUACAUGUGCUCGCGCUUCUUCAUUGACUUUCCCGACAUCGGAGAGCAGCAGCGCAAAGUGGAAGCCUACCUCCAGAGCCACUUCAUCGGCGAGGAGAAGAGCAAGUACGACUACCUCCAGAUCCUACGGAAAGUGGUCAACGAGAGCACAGUGUGCCUCAUGGGCCACGAACGGCGGCAGACCCUCCAGCUGCUCUCACUGAUGGCCUUGAGGGUCCUGGCGGAGCAGAGUGCCAUCCCAGAUGCAUCCUGCGUCACCUGCUACUAUCAGCCAGCGCCGUACGUCAGAGACCACAACUUCAGCAACUAUUAUGUGGCAAACCAGAACAUUCCAACAUGGCUGCCAUGUAACUGACAAAACAAACAAGUAGACGGAUGACGAGAAGAUAUGGCUGCUGCUGCCUUUGAAAAGAGGAGUAAAUAGAAAAAAAUUAAAAAAAAAGGAAGGUUAAAGUAAAUCACCCCCAAAAAAAUUAACACAUUGGCAAUAAAUAUUAUGUUUCUGUCAAGGCACAAGUCAAAUUUUUUUUUUUAAUCCUUUCUCAUUCCUUACCUACAGAAAUGUCUGUUAUUGAAUAGAAAGUGGUAUUUUAAGUGUUAUUUAGACCCCCCCCCCCCAAAUGUUUGGUUGUUUACUUGUUUUUCAACCUCAAUCUUAAUGGGGAUGCAUUUUUGAUCCUUAACCUCUACGUUUACCCCUCCAAUACUUUAAGUAUGGACUAUUAUUUAAAGAAAGGGGAACAUGAAGUGCCGUAACCUUUAAUUUGGUUUUCUUGUAAAGAAAAAAAAAGUGAAAAGAAAAAAAAAAUACUCAAAAUUCUAUAAUGGGGCUAAUUUAUAAUAGAUGACAGCCAAAAUAAUAUAUAAAAAAACAAAUAUAAAAAAAGAUCACUAGUGUUAAUGGGAAAAGGGGAAAAAAGGUGGUACACUAAACUUUUGCUCACAUCAGAAAUCAGUGGGAAGCAAUGUCAGUUUUUUAUGGAAAUAUCUCAGACGUCUGUGCCAUCCCUGAUGUGCCAGCAGUGCCUGUUUGUAGACAUUUCUUCCCUUGUUUUUGUUUUUUUUUCUCCCCCUCUUUGAAUUUCAUUGUACAAUGAACUCCCCUCCUCACUCUUGAUCCAGUUUACUCAGACCUUCAUUUUUCAGCCAGGACUGGCUUUGAGUGGAACUCGUGUCAGUUUAGGCUUCAGACAUGUGGGUUUCUCUGUGGGUUUCUUUUUUGGGGUGGGGCAAAGUUUCACUCUUUUUUUUUUUUUUUUUUUUUUUUUUUUAUUUAUUUGCUUCCAAAAGAGGUCACCAGUGACCUCCAGAUGUCACAGUGCUGUGGUUAUUGUGGGAGGCUGACUGACGGGACGAAGUGGACUCGGGCCUGUUGAGGGAAUGCGCCUGGCAGGGAGUCCUGGACUAGGAGGCCGACUGGCUGCUGCUUCCCUUAAAAGGUGCAGCACAUGGAGGGUUAUCCCUCACAGCCAUUGCAGGCUCGACAGCAGGGCUGAAAUGAGAUCCUCCUCUGACGUAGCCCAGCAACUGGCUCUCAGACUACAAGCUGUCUAUUAUUAUCCUCUUUUCCCUGCGAGAGGAACCUUUUAGGAGCAGGGAACUAGGACUGGGUGUGUAACCUCGCCACCUUACAUGUGGACAGGCUGAACCACUUUCUGUCCUCUCAGGUGCCCGUUGCGACCAGAGUUUGAACCCCUUUUGUGGUCAUGGGAGGUCUGACGACUCGUCUCUCCUUUCAGACUUUAUUAUUGAUGUAAUGCAUAAGCCACAAGAAGCCCCCACCUAACCAGCUACAAACUGAUGAAUUUCUAUUUUUAGCAAAGCCUAUUAUUAGUUGUUAAUGUUGGACAUUGCUAGCAGAUGGCUUAAGCUGUGACUAGUUUGGCUUGUCAUCUCUUCCCUUUCCUGACCUCAUGGCAUAUCAUUUGGCGAGGAGAUAACUUGCUCUUAAAUUUCUUGUACAAGCAGCCACUCCUGUCAUCCCUCCAUUUCUUAGAAGUGUAAUUCCUGCUCCCUCCGAUGCCUCUCAUCCACUAAGGCUUGUGUUAGGACCAGAUAACCAGGAGUGUGCAUUAUCUGGCCAGCUCACAGCAUAUCACUGGUUAGAGUCGUGGAGGAAGGCUAGCUUGGUGUGUGCGGGUCACAUGGGUUUUCAGGGCUCCAAUGCUGAACUUUUGCAUACAGACUGUCUUAUUUAACAAGUGAGAUGCUGCACACCAUCAGCUCUGGACCAAAGGCAGCUUUAAAACCAGCAACUGAAACAUUGAAGUGCCUGUCACUUUUUUUUUUUGAGAGUUUAUCUUUUAAUGGUGUUUUUAAUGGUGGUCAGGAGGGAAAGGUUCAGCUAUUUUUCAGCCUCUUAAAACCCUGUGAAACGUUGGUACAAGAUUAUUUUUUUUUUUUCUUGAUGGGUAAAUUAUUUGUCUGGUCUAGGAGCAAAAAUAUAGAUUUGGUUUGUGACAUCUUUUUAAUAAUUUCCUCCAUCCCUCAAAGUUAAUUUUUUUCAGUCCUAGACCUUAUUUUUCCUUAAAAUCCAUCCGUUUAGUCAUUCCUGUUUGUCUUCUGUCAUUUUACCCUGUUGAGUCUUUUCUGUGUUGUCAGUGACGGCCAUGUUGGUUUUUGCAGUCUCACCCAAAUGCCUUUUGUCAUCCAACUUUUUGAGUAGUUUGAUUUGCUGAGCAGUUGUUUGAUAUGUAUACACUCCUAUUUAAUCAUCACCCACAAGUUAGAGCUUUACCUUCUCCCAAACUGAUGGGUCAAAGUUUGUUUUCAUGAUCAUUAUAGUUCCCAUCCAAAGCAAUACCUGAAACGUGCAGACAAGCCACAUCAGAGCAUAGUGGCUCAUUCGAACAGAUGCACUUUAAAAAGGCCUUGAAUUGCCCCAAACCCAACCACCUGAGAAUAUAAAUACGCUAAUGUGGUCGCGUGCUAAUGGAGCUGGUUCUUGUCCCUUUUAUUUUUAUUUUGGAAGAGUGCAUUGGUUUAAACUACCUUUUUGAAAUUGAGACAUGCCUUCAUUUUUGCCUUUUCACUCUACCAACUCGACCUUCUUGCACCCUCAAUACAAUUCCUAAAUGUUUAGAUUAGCGGUGGUGGCAACAGACUGAACUUUGCUACACCCAGAAAGCAGCAGAGUUUUAUCUGUCAGUUUGCUAAGAAAUUUGAUCAUUUCUCAGCUGAUGGUCCCAGAGUUUGCGGCCACGUUCAGAACCAGCAUCCCUGUUAUGCUGCAGCUCCAUCGCAGGUUAAAGUGCUGCAUGGUGAGGAUCAGCCUCUGCUUUAGCUUCUUGUUGACGUUGCUCACUCACGGCAGUUGCAUGAGGCAGGUCGAAGAAAAUGUAGCAAACGUGUGUUAUCAACUGAUCAUGAACACAACCUGGAACAGAAACCCUGUGCCAUUCUGUCGGUGCCCACCCCAUUUUCAUGUGUUUACGGUUAUUGUGGCUUUUUCUUCUGACGGCUCGAAGCGAGUCAGUGGAAGCUUUACUUUCCCAGAGAAGAGUUGGGUGCAGCAGAGCCGAUGCUAUGUCCCUCUCUUUGUCAGGGUUGAUGUAUGAAUGUGGAUGUAUGAACUUGGUGAAUUUAUGAGGGAAAAAUCAAGAUGAAGUGUAAUUUGCCUUUUUUUUUUUUUUUCAGUUUUCUGGCUGCCAUCUUUCUUUCUGCUGUAAACUUGGUGUUAGCCUCUUGCUCCCUCUUUGUUUGGGCCUUUGUUUAUUAGUACAGAGUGUUCUUUCUUUGACACCUGUAGAUGUAUUCUUUGUUCAGGCAGGGUUGGGGCGGGGGUGCAGAGAAAUCUGCAGAGUAGAUAAAUUUAGUGGUUAUGCUUGUCUCAAGUACAAGUCUUACACCAUGAGGAAUGUGAUCACGUAGAAGCUCUCCUAAAGUUUCUAUAACAAAAGUUGUGAAUGUUUUUUUUUCUUUUGCAGCAGACUUGUUUGUAAUGCGUGGAGGUGUGUGUGCACAUUUGCAUGUGUGUAUGAAGGGAUGCCUGUUGUAAUAAAGUUUAACAAAAAGGGGUAAAAUAUAACCUUUGUCGCACUUUUUUUUUUUUUUUUUUCCUUUGGAAAUAGUAGAUGCAGACGAGCUUUUUUGUCAGCUUUGUGAUUGUGUUGACUUUGAUGGUUACAACCAUUGUACCAUUUCAUUUUUCAGCACUUUUACCUCACUUGUUUUUCCUUUUAAUGGAAAUAUACAUGCAAAUCAGGAAAGUGUGUUUGAAGAAGAAAUAAAGAAUAUUCAAAGCA